AUGGAGAGUCUCUCACACAUUCCUCCCGGUUAUCGAUUCCAUCCCACUGAUGAAGAACUCGUUGACUAUUAUCUUAAGAAGAAAGUUGCAUUUCCAGGAAUGCAAGUUGAUGUGAUCAAAGAUGUUGAUCUCUACAAAAUCGAACCAUGGGACAUCCAAGAGUUAUGUGGAAGAGGGACAGGAGAAGAGAGGGAAUGGUAUUUCUUUAGCCACAAGGACAAGAAGUAUCCAACAGGGACACGAACCAAUAGAGCAACGGGCUCAGGAUUUUGGAAAGCAACGGGUCGAGACAAGGCCAUAUACUCGAAGCAAGAGCUUGUCGGGAUGAGGAAGACUCUUGUGUUUUACAAAGGCCGGGCCCCAAAUGGUCAAAAGUCCGAUUGGAUAAUGCAUGAGUACCGUCUUGAGACCGAUGAAAAUGGACCACCUCAUGAGGAAGGAUGGGUGGUUUGUCGUGCAUUCAAGAAGAAACUAACGACUAUGAGUUACAACACUCCAAGGACAAUGAUGGGAUCAUCAUCUGGACAAGAAUCAAAUUGGUUCACGCAUCAAAUGGAUCUAAUCAUGAGCCAAGAAGAGGAAGAAGAUAACAAAAACCCAUCUGAUAAUUCUUCUAAUGAAACAUUUCAUCAUCUCUCUGAAGAGCAAGCAACAAUGGGUUCUAUAAAUGCAUCAUCUUCUCCAUGUUCCUUCUACUCUUGGCCUCAAAACACACACACGUAAGAUCCAUUCUCAAAUGUGUGUGAAUCCGACCGCCGCCUAUAUAUAUAAUUAAUUGACGCUCAUGCUUAUUGAUUACAUUAUAUGCAUGUCUUAGCGAUUACUAAUUAUAAUUUUAUACGAAAUUGUUUAUUUAUUAUGUACACUAUGUGUCAACUGGUGUGUAACUUUCUAGUUUUGUGAAAGAUAUAAACAAAGAAUAUAAUUAUUUAUAAUUAUGACUAUGUACUUAUGU